AUGAGCCUUCGCGACCUGAUCGAGGGUGAGGCGGUCAUGGAUGACGAAGAUGAGGAAGUCGCCGACGACUACGAUGCCGAGGGCCGCCCGGAUCCACAUACCAAAAGCCACUACAAUGACUCGAGCGAGGAGGAAGACGAAGAAGAAGAUGACGAGGAGGCUGCUCGCGCCGUCCGCGAAGGGUUCAUUGUCGAUGAGGAUGAAGAAGAUGAACGUGCCGCUCGCAAACACAGGAAACGUCCACGCGCUGCUCGCGAAGAAGAGCACCUUGAUGAAGAAGAUCUGGAACUCAUUGGACAUGGUCCAAGUCAACAUCGUGGACCAGCCACUGAGUCAAAGUUUAAGCGCUUGAAGCGAGGCAAAGAUCGCGAGAGCCACCAACCGUCUCACGGCGUCGAUGACAUUUUCAACUCGGACGAGGAGGAGGAAGCGCAACAAUAUGCUAGGCCAGGCCAGCGCCGAGGCCUGCGCGAUGAGAUGGACGACUUUAUUGAAGAGGAUACCUUCUCCGACGAUGAAGCCCAGCGCGAACGGGAUGACCUUGGGGUUGCGCCUGCCUCCAGAGUCAACAAGACCGGUUUGAUUCCGACUGAUACUUCGGGCUUGGACGAAAAUGCACUUGAGGAUAUGCGCGCUGCAUUCGGUGAUGGCACAGAGUACGAUUUCGCACUGCAAAUGGAAGACCAAGAAGAGGCCGACAAACAAACCGAAGAACGUCACCUAGACUUGAAGGACGUCUUCGAACCAUCCGAGCUGGCCGAGAGGAUGUUGACGGAGGACGAUAACGAAAUUCGUCUCCUCGAUGAACCCGAACGCCAUCAGGUUGCUCGCAAGCCCUAUAAGCAUGUGACAUUGUCCGAGGAUCAAUUCCGGGAGGAGGCAGUCUGGAUCUCAAACUUGAUGUUGCUCAAGAAGCGCAUGGAUCCCGAACUGCGUGAACCAUUCCAGCGGUCCGUCGCUAAGAUGUUGGAAUUCCUGAUCACGGACGACUGGGAAGUGCCCUUCAUUUUCCAGCAUCGCAAAGACUACAUGAUUCAUGCUGUCAAAGAUAUGGCUAAUGGCGCUGAUGCCGGCGACGACUCUGCCCAAUACAGCAUCCGCGCCGAGAAACUCCUCAAUAUGACCGAUCUAUGGGAUAUCUUCGACCAUGAUCUGAAAUUCCGCGCUUUGAUCGACAAGCGUGGUACAAUACAAAAGACAUACGACAACUUGCAAAGUAUCUUCAAUGUGACUGAUUCCAACGUCGAGGAUCAGCUUUUUGCGGCCGCGACCAUGGAGGAACUCCAAGAUGUGCAGGACUAUAUCCAUUUCCAGUACUCCUCACAGCUACGUGAUCUCAACCAGGUCAAUGGGGAGGCUAAUGGAGAAACCCAACGUCGAAAAGCCACUGGCAGGUCUUUCUUUGAGCGGGUUCGAAACGGCAAGGCUUAUGGCUUUGUGCGUGCUUUUGGCAUCACUGCAGAUGCGUUUGCUCAGAAUGCCUCAAAGGAGGGUCGCCGGCAAUACACUGAAGAUCCCACUGAGCAGCCCGAAGAUUUGGCAGAUCAGUUUGUCGACAACGACUUUUCCAACAGUUCACAUGUUCUCAAAGCCGCUAAGUCGAUGUUCGCCGAAGAGCUUACUGUCAGCCCUAAGAUGCGCAAGGUAAUGCGACAGGCAUACUACAUGAACGGAGUCGUCGAUUGCUUCCGCACAGAGAAAGGACUUCGCCGGAUCGAUGAGCAGCACCCUUACGCCGAGUUCAAGUAUCUGCGGAACCAGCAGCUAAGCGAUAUUGCCCGUCGCCCAGAGAUGUUCUUGCGCAUGCUCAAGGCCGAGGAAGAAGGUCUCGUUGAUGUUCGGGUGCGGUUUGAAAACUUUGACCAGUUCCGUACACGUCUCUAUGCCGAUAUUGAGUCAGACAACUACAGUGAGCUUGCUGAUGCUUGGAACCGUGUUCGCCGUGAGGUGUUGGAUCUGGCUCUGGGCAAACUGGAGAAGUUGAUCAAUCGCAGUGUAAAGGAAAACAUUCGACAGGAAUGUGAGAACCAUGUGGCCAAGGAGUGCCGCGAAGCGUUCUCGCAACGUCUCGAUCAGGCCCCUUACAAACCCAAGGGCAUGGUCCUGGGCACCGUGCCCCGUGUUCUGACUCUAUCCACCGGAUCUGGUCAGGUGGGCCGGGACCCCAUUCACUGGGCUUACACAGAAGAAGAUGGCCGUGUCUUGGAGAAUGGCAACCGUGGUAUUGCAGACGGUGAAAACCUGGCCGCUUUUGUGGAUCUGGUUGAUCGUCGUCGACCAGAUGUCAUCGGUGUUUCAGGCAUGACACCCGAGACGCGCCGACUUUACAAGCUUCUAUCCGAAAUUGUCGACCAAAAAGACCUCCGUGGUGCAUCCUACACAAAUGAGCACGAUGAGGAGAUCAGCGAUACCUUAGAGGUGGUCAUUGUCAAUGAUGAGGUUGCCCGGUUAUACCACAACAGCCCUCGCGCUAGAAGCGACAAUCCAGGCUUUGGACCUUUGACCCAUUACUGUGUGGCUCUAGGCCGGUAUUUGCAGAGCCCGCUCAAGGAAUAUGCGUCCUUGGGCCGUGACAUUGUGUCCAUCCAGUUCAAGCCAGGCCAGCAACUAGUCUCCCAGGACCUGCUUCUCAAGCAGCUGGAAACCGCCCUGGUGGACAUGGUCAACUUGGUCGGCGUUGAUCUCAACGAAGCAGUGGCCGACACGGCGACAGCUAAUCUCUUGCCGUACGUCUGCGGCCUUGGUCCCCGAAAGGCGGCUCAUUUGCUCAAGAUUGUCAAUAUGAACGGCGGAAUCGUUAACAACCGGGUGGAAUUGCUUGGUGUCAACGCGACAUACCCGGCUAUGGGUGUCAAAGUUUGGAACAACUGUGCUAGUUUCGUCUACAUCGACUUCGAGAACGCUGAUCCCGAUGCCGAUCCGCUGGAUAACACCCGUGUUCAUCCUGAAGACUACGAUAUCGCGCGCAAGAUGGCUGCUGAUGCUUUGGAGUUGGACGAGGAAGAUAUCAAGGCCGAGACCGAUGAGAACGGCACUGGUGCUAUCAUGCGGAAGCUGUUCCGGGAAGAGGCACAAGACCGUGUCAAUGAUCUUAUCCUGGAGGAGUACGCAGAGCAGCUCGAGAAAAACCUUAACCAGCGUAAGCGUGCCACCCUUGAGACGAUCCGAGCCGAGUUACAACAACCAUACGAGGAAUUGCGCAAGCACUAUGUCUUCCUCAGCACCGAUGAUAUUUUCACAAUGCUCACUGGCGAGACGCCCGACUCUUUAACACCUGGUAUGGUGGUGCCUAUUGCCAUCAAGCGGGUAUUUGAGGAUCACAUUGAGGCCAAACUGGAUUGUGGAGUUGAUGUUCUCGUGGCCGAGACCGAACUCGGUGUUCCCUACGACGUCCCUGUACGCAACGUAUACCAAGUCCACCAGACAGUCCCGGCCAAGAUCUUGUUCUUGAACCGCAAGGGUUUCUCCUGCAAUGUCUCUCUACGUGAGGAUCAAGUUAGUCACCCAUCUCGUCGGAGCCAGGAACAUGGCUUCGGGGAUUGGGACGAACAGCAGGAGCGAGCCGACAAGGAAUCGUUGCAGGAGAAGACGCAGCGUGGAGGCCAAGCCAUGCGUGUCAUUAAGCACCCGCUUUUCCGGCCGUUCAACUCCACCCAGGCGGAGGAGUUCCUAGGCUCUCAAAGCCCAGGUGACGUUGUUAUUCGCCCGUCCUCCCGAGGCCACGAUCACCUAGCUGUCACUUGGAAGGUGGCGCAAGGUGUGUACCAGCACAUUGAUGUUCUGGAGCUGGACAAAGAGAACGAGUUCUCUGUCGGUCGUGUCCUCAAGGUCGGCGGUCGGUAUACCUACAGCGACCUGGAUGACCUGAUCGUCAAUCAUGUCAAAGCGAUGGCCAAGAAGGUGGGCGAGAUGAUGUUCCACGAGAAAUUCCAAGAAGGCAGCAAGACUGAGACAGAUCAAUGGCUUGAGACUUAUACCAAGGCCAACCCCCGUCGCUCGGCAUAUGCAUUCUGCAUUAACGCCAAAUACCCCGGUUACUUUUACCUUUGCUUCAAGGCAGGCGAACAUGCACGACUUCAGAACUGGCCGGUCAAGGUGAUUCCACAGGGCUACGAGCUGCAGAAGAACCCCUACCCGGACAUGAAUGCUCUAUGCAACGGCUUUAAGCUGAUGUUCAGCAACAUGAGCAAGGGCGGCCGGAGAUGA